AUGAAAGAGGUGUGUCGAAACGACUAUUCCUUUGGACCAAUAGUGGAAGGCUGCCACAACAGCUUCGAUUUCACAGUCCUCUUUGAGGCAAUAUUCUUUUCGCUUGUACCGUCCGCUCUAUUUUUUCUUGUAUUUCUUGGGCGGUUAUUUUACCUGCUGCGCUCCAAAGUCAAAACAGAAAAGUCAAUAUUGGCCUUGUUCAAGAUCACCUCAAUAUGCCUUCUAGGUGGUCUUCAGCUAGCACAACUCAUCUUGUAUUCACUCAUGCAUGAUGAGAUUGGCAAUUUCUUGGCUGUAACCUCCGCUGUAGCAUUGGUGAAUUCUGCUGGAAUGAUAGCACUUUCUCCUGUAGAACACAUGCGAACAUUUCGGCCAUCGAGCUUGAUCGUAUCCUUUCUAGUAUUCACAAUUCUACUGGACAUUGCUCGAGUGCGCACGCAUUGGCUCCGAGGUUUCGAUACAUCAGUCUCUGUUGUUGUAACACUGACAUUCGUCACAAAAUGUGGAGUCUUACUAUUGGAGCUGCACGACAAAAGGCCUAUCUUAGUGAAAAGCUAUCCUAGUCUUCCAUCUGAGAUGACAGCUAGUCUGAUUAAUAGAGCCCUGUUUUAUUGGAUGAAUCCAUUAUUAGUUCGCGGAGCAAAAAAGGUUCUUGGUCUGAAAGACUUAGAAGAAAUUGAUCUCAAGCUGGCUAGUGGGCCAUUGAACGAUCAAUUCAAGCAGCAAUGGAAAAGCAGGACCGAAAGCCGAACUGGCCCACUUGUCCUAAGCAUUACCCGGACUGUGUCGAUGCCAUUACUGGCGACAAUUCUACCACGCCUAUUCCUGGGGUUCUUUCAGUACUCACAGCCACUUCUGAUUACCCAAGUCAUACACAUUGUUGGGAAAGGGCAAGUUGCAGCAGGGAACUUGAAACUCGGUCUAGUUGCUGCAACUGCACUGGUAUAUACUGGAACAGCGAUCUCCAUGUCCCUGUACAGAUACUAUGUAGGACGCACUACUACUAUGGUACGCGCAUUGAUCGUCGCGGCCAUAUACGAGAAGACUCUCCACUUAAGCCUCCUUCAAACUGAUGGCAAGGAGGCAAUCACGCUUGCAACGGCCGAUGUAGAUAGAAUUACGAAUGGGCUCCAGAACAUGCAUGAGAUUUGGGCCAACAUUGUUGAGGUUGCGUUCGCUAUCUACCUAUUACAGAGCCAGAUAGGUGUAGCAUCUAUUGCUCCUGUACUACUGGCUGCAGCAUGUACCAUGAUGUCUUUAGGAAUAUCAUCUAGAAUGAGUCGCUACCAAGGACUUUGGAAUCAAGCUGUCCAGCGUCGAGUAUCCGCGGCAACAUCCGCCAUACUAUCGCUCAAGGAAUUAAAGCUUUGCUCUAUGGUUGAACCUCAAUCCCAGCAAAUUCAUGCUUUGCGCAAGGUUGAGAUCGAAAAGUCGAAGCAUUAUCGGUCUUACACUGCGUACAUGAAUGUAAUUGCAAAUGCGCCAGCAGUCUUUUCACCUGUCAUUGCUUUUACAAUUGCGGCGCUGAUCCACUCAAAUUCGAGGAUCAGCAUUGAAAAUGUUUUCGCCGCUCUCGCUACUAUCAACCUCUUGUGUUCCACUAUCGCAUCGCUUGUAAGCUCUAUUCCGGCCUUCUUUUCUACGAUCAGCUGUUUUCGGCGCAUUCAACUCUUCCUCGAAUCGGAAGAGACGCCAGAGAACAGUAUUAAUCACUUACGGGCGCUUCCUUUGAUAAGAGAUAGUGAGAGGCCGGGAAUUUCCGCAAAAUGUUCAACCAAUACGGCAUCGCAAACAUUGGAACAGCCAGAUGUCCUAUUCCAAACACAAAAUGCAGAUUUUGGAGUUCAACUUGAUGCGCAACCCAUAUUACAAGAUGUGAAUAUCUGCCUGCCUCGAGGAUCUAUUACGCUUGUCACGGGUCCGACAAGAUCAGGCAAAUCAUUUCUUCUCAGGUCACUGCUUAGGGAGACUGUCAUUCAGCGAGGGCGAAUGUUUUCGUAUGCUACCUCCUUCGCAUAUUGUCCGCAACUCGUCUGGUAUCCCAGCCGUUCAAUCUGCGAUACCAUACUAGGCGACUACCCGUUAGACUACGAUCGCUAUAUGAAACUUCUCAAUGCCUGUGCACUGUCAGAUGACUUAUCUAGAAUGCCUCAAGGUGAUAAUACCCUCAUUGAAGCUGGUGGUUCAAACCUGAGCGGCGGGCAGAAAAAGAGAAUUGCGCUUUGUCGAGCUUUAUAUGCCCAAAGAGAGGUUUUACUGUUGGAUGACACGUUCAGUGGUCUGGAUUUGAACACGCGCAAAGCUGUGGCUCAUAAUCUCCUUGGUUCAGACGGUAUUUGUCGGUCACAAGGACAGAGUGUGAUCAUCGCAUCUUCUUCAGACGAAUUGGCCUCCUUGGCCGAUCAUAUUAUCGUCCUUGAAGCUGGGAGAAUCAAAGAGCACGGCUUAAUAUCCAACGCAAACGUUACGGACCUCAUUGGCGAGGACCCUAUCGAGAGCGAAACAACUGAUGAAGAUAUCCCCAAAAACAUCAAGAAAACAGAAGCUGCAAAAGUGACAUCAGUCGUUGCGGACCAUGAAAAUGUAACCCGCCAAACUGGAGACUUGGCGGUUUAUCGAUACUAUGUCCGCACCAUAGGUUGGAAAGAUGGUCUCACCUUUACAUUCAUGGCUAUCGUCUAUGUCUUUCUACUUAAGUUUCCACAAAUUUGGCUGAAGAUGUGGGCCGAAGAUGAUUCCCGUAUCAGCAAAGCCACGUUCAUUGGCAUAUACUACAUGUUGGCUAUUUCGAGUCUUUUCGCUAUAUGGGCUACUAUAUGGUAUGUUAUUGCGCUCUCUGACAUGUCAUUGUUGUUAAUGCAAAGAUUCAGUGCACCUUUGUCAUUCAUUCUUCAAUCGGGGCCUGGUGGACUUUUGAACAGAUUCAGUCAGGAUAUUCAACUGAUUGAUAUGAGUCUUCCGAGCGCCACAUUUAUCACCGCAUUCGGAAUUCUAUUCUGUCUCUUCGACAUGAUAUUUAUCUGCUUUGGGGCAAAAUAUAUUGCAGCAAUCAUGCCGCUGGGACUUCUCUUCACCUAUGGAGUGCAGAAAUUCUAUCUUCUGACAUCCCGCCAAUUGCGCUACCUAGAACUUGAAGCAAAAGCUCCACUUCUAACGUAUCUGAUAGACACACUUCAAACCCUCGAGACCUUGCGGGCAUUUCAUUGGCAGGAAACUAUGCGGACAGAGUUCUUAGAUUUGCUAGACACCGCGCAGCGACCUUACUACCUACUUGUAUGCUUACAACGAUGGUUGACAGUCGUACUAGAUCUUUUCGUUGCAGCAAUAGCUGUCAUUUUCGUAACAAUGGCUCUGUUCAUCAAAGAUAUGACUUCAGCCGGCGCAGUAGGAGUGGGUUUGGUCAACAUUCUCGCUUUCAAUCAGAGUAUUGCAAAUCUCGUUGUAGCGUGGACAACCCUUGAAACGUCUCUAGGAUCAAUUGCUCGCCUUCGUGGAUUCGAAGCAUCUACGCCGAAAGAACGUCACGGGAAUAUGGACUCGCUGCUCACUUGGGAUUGGCCACGUAAAGGAGGCAUUCGGUUUGAGAAUGUGUCUGCAGGUUACACGCAAACACCCGUACUUUCCAAUCUCAAUCUGGACAUCAAAGGAGGAGAUUAUGUCGCUAUACGUGGUCGGACUGGAAGUGGAAAAUCUACUCUCCUAAGCCUCAUACUUCGAAUGAUGGAUCCCAGUCGUGGCCGGAUCUUUAUUGACGAUAUUGACAUUAGCAACAUCACACCCUCUCUUCUCCGCGAACGAAUCAUUGGCGUUAGCCAGGACGCAAUACCGCCCUUAGGACGACUGCGAGAUUAUCUUGAUCCGACCAACAGCCACUCUGAUGAAGCGAUCCAUGCGAUACUAGAGAAAUGCAAGGUUCCGAUAAGCAGAGAUCUCACAGAAGAUCUAGAACCAUCGGCCGUUUCGCCAGGUUAUUUACAAAUCUUAUCGCUCGUACGCACCGCGCUGCGGCGUCGGACUCUCGGUUCAGGGGGCGGUAUUCUUCUCUUGGAUGAAUGUACAAGUUCGAUUGACAGGGAAAUGGAAGAAAUUGUGAUGGAUUUUGUUGAGGAGGAAUUCAGAAGAUGGACGAUUAUUAGCAUUGUGCAUAAGGAUCAUCUUAUUCAUCGGGCGAACCGUGUCAUUGAAGUAAGGGAUGGGAAGGCCAUAGAGGAUGUUAUCGUGCGCACCAUCAAUAGAACACUCGUGUGCUAG